UUAUCACUGGAAACUUCUAUGAACCAAGAAAUUAUGUAUUUCCUUACUCUAACAGUGAUGAUGAUGAAAGCAGAGAUACAACAAUAAUUAUUUUAAUUACUUUAACUUUUUAUUUUGUCAAACCUUUGUCCAAUCCAGUUUUCGUGGAACCAAAAAUAUACUACAUUGUGAAAAUAAUUGGAAUGCCGGGAAAUAAAUAUUGGCUGAGAUGUGUUCCAAGUCAUUGGGUUGAGCAUCGUCACGGCAAAUACGUAUUAACUGCAUAUCCACCGCAAAGUGAAGUACAACGAACGAUAAAUCGUGUUCGCGAUUAUGAAAAGCCACUGAUACACUGGAAAUCAUAUCCAGCAAUAAUACUUCAUGAAUCAGAUUUAUAUCAGACAGCAAUGAUAUAUUUGAUAGAGCGUAUUAAAAAAUCGUUAAUGAGUCGAUCAUUGAAGAAUUUAAUGCCGAACCCAACACGAAAUAGUCACAGAAAAAAGCAAAAUUUUUCAGCUAAAACUAUCCAGGGAGUAGACAAGAUUCAAGUUCUGAAGAUUAUUCGGCCAUUGAUCGUUAGUGUCCUUGAAGUUAUAGAUAGACUCGAACAAAAUGGAAACGUGAUGGAAACGUUUCGACGCAAUAACAUGACGCAUGAUCAACUGAUUCAGAUCGAUGACUUGUCGUCACUAUCAGCUGUUUAUUUAAAUUUCUUUCGUAAAACAAUGCACAGCCAUCUGAAUUUUCAUAAAACUAAUCAAUUUCUAAUGCCACAUACGUCGGUAUCCGGUUUGUAUUACGCUAACGAAGUUAACAGUGAUAUUUACUUAGAGAUUCAAGCGGCUAUUGUACAAAUUCUAAUGAUGAUGAGCGGCACAUUGGAUUAACAAAUCAGUCAUCCGUGUUUUUCUAGCUAUCUGCAAUCAUUAGCUAGUCAUAGAAUCGCAUAAAUCAUCAUACGAACAACUUACAAUUCUGUUGCUGAACCAUUAAUGAACCACUAAUGGAACUGAAGAGUUACGUUGUAUAAUAUUAUCGCAGACCGGCCGUUCUUGGAAUAAUCGUGACUGUAUUAUUCACCAAAACGAAUAAUAAAACGUGACCGCAAAAGACCUUGAAGCUUGUCGCUCUUCAACCGAUUCAACAACAAGAUAAUUAAGAAACGUUUUUUGUUGUUAUGCUAGUAAAACUGAAGCCAGGUUUUAUUAAAGAAGCUCAGUGAUCCUCAGUGAAUACUAUUCUUGGGAUUGAUCAAGUCUUAGUUAAUUAUAAGUAUAUAUUUUGUGAUAAAGUGAACCGUGUAAUUUCGAAACUUGUCACUAAAAGAUUUAUUGUUUUUAAUAAGCAUUCAUAGUUAAUAUGAUGCCAGUGUGUUUUUUUUCCCUAAAUAUAAAAAAUUUUGUUUGUGUUUUGCAGAUCAUUUUUGAAAUACAAACUAAUUUAUGAUAAGAAGUUUGAUCAAGAUCAUUAUGAUAACAAAUCGAGUAACAGAAUUAAUUUUGGAAUUUCGUUUGUGACGCACGUGGGUUUAUUCCAGAACGUCAUGCUAAAUUGUAUUAGUUUACUCAGCUUGAAAGCGAAGUCAGUGAAUUAAGAACCGAGUUCAAUGUAACCAUAUGAAGUGAAUAUUUUUAAUGAAAUAAUAACUUUCUGAGCAAAUAUUGACGUUAAUAAAUUGCAAUUUUAAAUUUAUCUUAUAAUUUAUUAAGUUUGGUCGCAGAACUCAACUAUAUCUAUUGUUUAGAUACGUAAAUAAAUUGAAUACGCCCACGUUGUUAAAUUUAUU